AUGAUAAUUGUGAAAUUAUUUGUUUUGUUACUUUUCACCGCUAUCAAUCCCUGUUAUUCAGAAUAUUGUGAAAUAUGUGCAAAUCACACCCUUUGCAAGUACCCUUUACCAGGUCCCGGUCCAUCCUGUGUGAGCUACGACAACGCAGCACUACUGACAACAGACGAUGUGGAGAGUAUAGUUAACAGGAUAAACGAUCGAAGGAACUUUGUAGCGCUUGGUCUCCUCAAGUACCUUCCGCAGGCAGCAAAUAUGAGGAUGAUUUAUUGUCAUCGUGACGUCAACCAUAUACGACAUGCAAUGUGCAUCUUAAUUUUGUUUAUUUUUCCUCACUUAUUUAUUUUUUUGUGUUACGCCGUUUUAAAAGUCAAUAUUUUUACUCAAUAUUUCUAUUUUUCACAGAGUUGGUCCGAAGAUCUUGCGUGGUCUGCGCAACGAUGGGUAGACCAAUGCGAUCCUUCAGUUCACCCCGAUAGACUUGAUUAUUGCAGAAAUUUAGAGGAUAUGGAUGUUGGUCAGAAUAUAGCCACUAUAUUUGGGGCUGCGCCAGGAUUGAACGUGAAGAGUUUCGUAGACAUCUGGUUUAUGGACAGCUUAGAAUACUCAGGAAGUGUAUCUUUUUACAACGGAUCUCGAGACCGAAAAACAAUUUUUUUCACCCAACUAAUAUGGGCUGAUACAGAUGCCGUCGGAUGCGGCAAAGCCAAAUUCUAUUUACAAUACAGGAACACUGUAGUUGAAAGAUUAGUUUGCAACUUUGCUAUAAAGGGAAACAUACAUGGAAAACCGGUUUAUGCAAUAGGCUUUGCUGCAACACAAUGUCCCCCGAGCUAUGAACCAGAUGAACAAUACACAGGACUGUGUAGAAAACAAAUUCGGAGAAAUGAAAAAGAAAUUACACUGAGAAACACACCCUUUCGAAGUUUAUUAAAAAUUUUGAAUUUGUCCAACAAUUCUGUGGAGCAUGAUUUAGAUCCUACAAGAAAUAAUUUCUUCAAAAAGGCUGAUGCAAGUAACGACCGCCGGCGACAGAAAAUAAGACAUGUUCCUCAAAAUGUUUUUCCUGGCAUAACACCUUUUAUACCACAUCCAUCACCUUGGAAUAGCUCCAGAAAUUAUAUCCACGAAAGAGGACAUUCUAGAGUCUACCAUGGUCACAAUCAUAGAAAAAACUUUGUGCACGCCACAGCAAGUAACAUACAAGAUUUAAUACGAUAUGAUUUUACGAAUGAACUAGCUACAGCUACUUCAAUUACAAGUGAUGUUCAAAGAAAGACUAAUCAAUAUAAUCCGUGUUCUCGGGAUUUUUCAACAAAUGGAAACCCCUGUUCAGUUUUACCGUGCGAAUCGAAUCAAUGUACUAGAGUACAAGGUUGUGGGACACCAUUGUGCCUUCCUAGUUCACAAAUCCCUAAUACAGAUCCCCACAGUGAAUGUCCAUGUAGCACUGAGAUCAAUUGCCAACUCACCACCAGCCGCUAUCACUGUUGUGAUCUUGAGUGUUGCCCCUGUUCGCUUUCUACUACCUGCCAUCCUGAAAUUGCCAGGAGACAAGACGAUCCAAAACACGAAACAAAAAAAUCAGACUUACAUUAUUACGACCUCUUUCCUAAUCGUGCCAUGCGUAGUGGCGACACUCCAAUUGAGAGAUUACCUAAAAAACGAAACUUAUUUUCAAAUAAAAGACCACAAAUGCUAAGAAAGUUAGUGAACAAAGCAGGUAAUAAAGAUAAAGAUAUAAUAAUACCGAUCAAGACAAAUUAUUUUGAAGGAAGUGAUAGACAGAACACUAAUGGUUUCGAUAAUCGACAAAAUAAAUACGAUUAUUCAUAUGACACUUUUGAUUCAAAUGAAAGACAGCGACGAUGGAAUGAGGAACAAUCUACUUUCAGACCAUCUAAUUUACAAGUCAGCUAUGAUGAUAGAAUAAAUAAUCCAUUUCAAAAAAAAGUGAGACGAUUUACCACUUUAUCGAAUAAAAGGAAUAUAAAAUCUUCUCGUUCCAUAUCCAAAAUUAAAACUGAACCUAUAACUAUUCGUCUUACAAAACCAGAUGGUGUGAGAGAUCGCAGUGUGCAUUCUACUGAAACUUUUUUAUCAUUCGAAGAAUUGAUGCGAUUAAAAAAAAAUAAUGCUGAAACACCUAAUUAUCGUCGAAUGGAUCAGAACCAGGAGCACGAUAUUAUGAGAGCAAACAAGCCCGCUACAAAACCUACAAAACCUACUACAAAACCUACUACAAAACCUACAAAACCUCCCGAAACUAAAAAAACUGAGGCACCGAAACCUGAUGAAAGUAAAGCAGAAAACUAUACUACAGUGCCCCCUUUUAUUAAUGAAAGUCACUGCACUCGAAAAGUAACGUGUACUUGGACUCAAAUGCCAAAAACAGAUAAAGAUGGAAAUAUUAUAGGCGAUGGAGGCAGUGGCGGAAAAGGCAGCGGUGGCAGCGGUGGAGGCUUCAGAACUCCUCUCGGUUAUGUCAAGGGGUGCACUCGGACCGUAACCUGUACACGCAUUUACUUCGAAAGGAAUAAACAAGAUCACAUAAACACAGAACUUCCUGGCGCACGGGAAGGAACUACCGACGGGCCUGCUGAAAAUGAUGAAGACUACUGUGAACGUAGAUCCCUCGACAUUCGAAGAAGAGAUUCUGAUAAAGAGGACGAAAUCGAGUCUGUAUCACAAAACAAUGAAUUAGUUGAUUACAAUAAAGGAAAUAUAUCGUCUGAAAUAAAUGUUGACGAUUGUAGCUGUAAUAAUGGAUGCUCCAGGAAAAAAAGAGAGUUAAGAAAACGUAAUAAUUGCUUACGGCAUCUGUCGUGUAAUCAGAAUUGUGAUCAAAGAAAAGAACCACAAUAUAAAAAUCCUUUAAUGUCCUACGGAGACUUGUAUUAUUCUGUUCUUAAUAAAUUAGUAAAGUCCUGGGAAAAUAAGAAAUGUACAAGUCAUUCCGGAAGGUGUCCGUGUAACAAUUCUGUAAGAGAAUGUCCUAGUAGUAUGUACUUAGUACUGUUUAUUUUAUACACCAUGUUCUAA